CCUGGGCGACGUUCACGGGGUUCCCGCCGUCCAGGAAACCCGCCACCGUCUUCAAUACUUCGACCUGCGAUGCAGCCUGCAGGUCCAUGAAGAUGUGGAUGCCCAUCGAGGACGUCGUUUUCGCGAGGAAGACGAGGAAAAGGAUCAGCAGCGGCCAAUUGACCGCAGAAAGCCCAGUCCGGCUUCGCGUGUAGGUCGUGAGCAGGACGGGGUAGCAGAACCCGCAUGUAACCACGUAGACCCCGAAGGCGAAUGUCUCCAAGAACGAGCCCCAGACUUGGAUCUUGACGAAGGUGGUAGCGGGCGCCAUGGGCAGCAGGUGAAAGCGGCACUGCAGAGAGAGCUUUGGGCUGACGAGAUCACGGCAGAAGUCUCAGGAUUUGUAACCAUGGGAGUUCAUGAUAGAGUCAGAGCGAAGCUGAUUUGGUGCGGUAUUCUUGGACAGUGAAUCACAGCGGAACAGAUUCUGAUAGUGCAUGGGAGAUGGUGAAAGAGCGCGCUCAGUUUGGUCUCGGAGUUGUUCUUGUAAAGAGCAGGAACAUAGUACAUAGCCACCCGCCCGCCGACAUUAGGGCCCAACGGAUCUCAUCUAAUCGUCGAAUCUUUCGCGGAUCAUGCUUGACAGUCCACGCGCUCCGGAUCGCAGCCCUGGCAGUGGCGCGCCAAGUCCCUGCUCAGACAGGUAAUAUGUCCGGAAUGUAUGAGGAUGUCAGGAUGCGCAUGGGGGGAUACUGCAUGACCGAGAGAGAGAGAAAGCUCGAGGCUGAGUGGGACGAGCAUAAGGGUUGGCCGAAGAUCUCCCAAACCCUAACCCCGUGUAUCUCUGCUUCAUACUUCACGCCUCCACUCGGACUAUCACUCGGAUGAAUGCAGUUCCUUGGCGGGCGAUGGCUUCAUUCGCGGAAGCAUGGUUCAGUCCCCCUACAUGCGUCUGCAGGAGCGCGAGCGCUCCCGCCUGCUCCGGAUAUUCCGCCACCGCCCGUACCUCUACGCCGCGUUCGCCUGCGUGUCCGUCGUCCUCGUCUGGCAGGCCAAGCCGCACCAGUAUGUGUCCGCGUCGUUCAUGAGCGCAGACGUGGCAUAUGCGGAGGUCUCUGUGCUGCCUUCCGCCGUGACACAUGCUGUCUCGGAGUCCGCGCCCACCAGUAGCUCGAGCUCGUCCCCGAGUCUCGUGCAUUCGACUGCCCCGCCAGCUGCUGCAGCGACGCCUGCGGCAGAUCUGCAUUGGACCCAGCGCGCACAGGACGUCAAGGCUGCAUUCUUGCACGCGUACCGCGGGUGGGAGAAAUACGCCGCCCCGCACGACGAAUUGUCGCCGUUGACACUCGCGUACAAAGAUCCAUUCAACGCUUGGGGCGUGACCGCGGUCGACUCACUCGACACGAUGCUGCUCAUGGGCCUCGAUGCCGAGUACGCCCGCGCCAUGCCGCUGGUGUCCAACAUCACCUUCGCCAUGCAUCCGGGCCUGUCGGCGUCAUACUUCGAGACGGUCAUCCGGUACCUGGGCGGCUUCCUCAGCGCGCAUGCCUUGUCACGCGACCGCACCUUGCUCGAUCUAGCCGAACAGCUCGCGGAGCAGCUGGACCCUGUGUUCGAGCGAUACGACUCUCCGUUUCCUGUUUACGGCAUCAACACGGAAGACGGUAAGCUCAGUGGCGGGGAGUUUGGCGGGCUGGCCGAGAUCGGCACUUUGCAAGUGGAAUAUCUGUAUCUGGCCAAGGCGACUGGGAAUAAACGUUGGUAUGACCGGGCUAAUGGGGUGAUCGAUGCACUGGCCAAAGCUGACGUCCGGAAGUACGGCGGCAUGCUACCCACUACUUGGAACCUGACCUCAGGCCAGCCAGUCGAGUGCGAUGACACAGAUGGACGUUGGACGCUUCACUGCCCACUGCAACUAUCUGUUGGCGGCAUGGCUGAUAGCACGCACGAGUACCUGCUCAAAGAGUAUCUUCUGACCUCCAAAACAGACAAGGCAAGCCUUGAUAUGUAUCUGCGUGCAAGCACACACAUCCUGACCAGCCUUCUGCACGUCUCUCCGGAACGCAAUCUGCUGUAUAUGACGGACACGUCCUCGACGACGCAUCUCCAUGCCGCCGAGCCAUCGCACAAGCUGGAGCACCUCUCAUGCUUCCUGCCCGGUCUCCUCGCGCUCGGCGCGCAUACGCUGCCGCUCGACGCGCUCGCCCCACGGCUGCACGAGCUGGGGAAGGACUUUGGCUUCGCAUCGCGCGGGUACGACAUCCUGUCCAAGCAGAAGUCGCUCAAGGAGCUCCAUCUCUGGGCGGCCAAGGGUCUGGCCGAGACGUGCUACAUGCUGUACGCGGACCAAGGGUCGGGCCUCUCGCCAGACGAGGUGAUGAUUUCUAUCCCGUGGGGCGAGAUGGAGGAUGGGCGGUGGGAGGCAGGUAAGGUCCGGCUGUGGAUCGAUGAGGUGCAGGAAUGGAGGACGUCGCUUGCGACGAACCAGGGGACGUUCAAGGGCCGCCGUUUCCCACCCGGCGUCGAAGAGAAUCACCAGCCUGCACCGGAGACGGGUCCGCCCGGCCGGGACUACCUCGUCAGAACCGCGGGGUACUACCUCCGCCCGGAGACGGUAGAAUCGCUGUACAUCCUGUGGCGCGUCACGGGCGAGACGCGCUGGAGGGAGAUGGGGUGGAAGAUCUUCCAGGCGAUCGAGCGGGAGUCCAGGACCGCAUCGGGCUACGCGUCGCUGCAGUACACGGAGAAGUCGCCCGCGCCGCUGCUAGACGAGAUGCCCAGCUACUUCCUGGCAGAAACGCUGAAGUAUCUGUACUUGCUGUUUCUGGACGAGGAUCCGCUUCCACUCGACCAGUGGGUUUUCAAUACGGAGGCUCACCCGUUGCCUGUAUUCAGAUGGACGGAAAAGGAGAAGGAGAAGUUCGGUAUACCGUGAGGCGUUGCCGGGCCUGUUUUCGGCGUGCCUACUACUUGUACAGCAUCUACUAUAAUAUGGACGACUUUCUACGCGAUGAAAUGAUUGGAGAGGCAGAGGGAUCCGCGGGGUGCUAUCUGGUGAGUUGGAUCGCUGAUGAGGUUGAGAGCGGGACAAAACGUUCAAGGAUUGUGAUUACUUGAUCGCCCCAAUGUCAGAGCUCAGAUCUUGAAUCUCUACCCAGUUG